GACCUGCUGAGUACGAACAAAACUUGGCCUUAACAGUAAUAAGCAGUGCUACUUUUCAUUUCUUUAAAGAACAUUUCAUUUGGAUAUAUAUAUAAUUGUGGACUCUUUGAAGUGAAUAUUGAGGUAACUGUCAGCUAUAUAACAUUCAUUUAUAAACGAUGGUGAAAUGUCAUUUGAUACACGUUCAGAAUUGAUGAUAAAAUCACAUGUUGAUAUUUAAGACCUCUUAACGCCGAUCAUAUAAUGGCCAUUUCUGAAAAAUGUAUAGUUGAUAGCUUCGCUUAUGGCUAUAUCGGUAUUUGUUUGUUUUUUAUAACUCCGUAACAAGGGUAAGUCUUUAAAUUGAUACCAGCUUUCCCAAUAGGAUGUUUCAUGCGUGUUUCAUAGCAUAUUAGAAUCUUUAUCUCUUUUCUUCAUUGCAUUACCUCAUUUUAGGCCCUUUAAUUCAGCAAUUGAUCAUGCGAGGAAGGAUAUCUGUCUCAACCUCAUGAAAUAUCAAAGAAAGUGAAAAGGGAACUUGAAAUCCCCUGAUAUUGACUUUAAAGAAUGUACAGGGAAAUUUAACUGACCAAUUCUUAUAUCAUUAUAAAGGAACGGAAGGCAUAUCAUACGUUUUCUGUGAGAAGACGAUAUACAAGUGUCCUUAACAUGGCCCCAUUGAAGUAGGUAUGACCUUAGAAUAUUGAUAGGAUGUCUGACUGCCUACCUACACAUACAUUGUAUAUGUGUAAUCUUAUCUUAUUUCAACACUGUUGAAAUUCUGAUAUUAAAGGCGCAAAUACUUGACAUAAAUAACUUACUUUCUUUAAAGUAUUAACAAUAACAUACUGUAUUGUACUGACGCAUUUUAUAUUAAAUUUUAUAUAAUAACUUCUUACGACUAUUAUGCCUGUAUACGCAUUACUAAGAUAGAGGUGGAACAAUAAAACUGCUGACGACUUAUUUGUGGAAUCCAUCCCUCUAAUAUUGCUGAAGGAGUAUGGUUUUAAAGUUCCAAUAUGUCGCCAAGGAUUCUUGUCGUUGUUUUCCUUUCUUAUGUCGCCAUUGGGUUUGUGACAGCUGAACGUCUGUCAUGUUUCGACUGCUGGUUACAGACGGACGAGAUGGAAUGUAACCAGACUUAUGUUUGUCAAGAAGGCGAGGUGUGUUACAUUAACCGGCGGAUAGGAGACUUCUAUGGAAACCCGUGCCUAUACGACCUGGGAUGUAAGAAAGUAGAGGAAUGCAGUUCCCUCCAGGCCCAGCUACAGGCCGGGAACCCUACACCAACCAGGAUACGGGACGGUGACGCUAUCGAUUAUAUGGACUGUUGUACCACUCCUGGCUGUAACCGCCACCGCAUCUCGCCUCCGAGUGACACUUGUGUCGUACAGAAUUAAAAUCAUAUUGCAACAUU